AUGACCCAGCUAUCGUCAUUCACACUGCGUAUGACAUUCAGCGAUUUCGACCGCCCCACAGCUCAGAACGUUUCUGACCAAAUCACUGUCCUCGUUGCAAACGAGUUGAAAGUCACUCAACUUAAUCUUAGCCGGAACCAAAUAUCCGAGAGAGGAGGUGAAGCACUAGGAGAAGCACUGAAAGUAAACAACACUCUCACUAAACUUGAUCUUGGAAGCAACAAAAUAUCCGAGAGAGGAGGUGAAGUACUAGCAACAGCACUGAAGGUAAACAACACCCUCACUCAUCUUUACCUUGGAUACAACCAAAUAUCCGAUAGAGGAGGUGAAGCACUAGCAGAAGCACUGAAACUAAACAACACUCUCACUAAACUUGAUCUUGGAUACAACCAAAUAUCCGAUAGAGCAGGUGAAGCACUAGCAGAAGCACUGAAAGUAAACAACACCCUCACAAAACUUGAUCUUGAAAGCAACCAAAUAUCCGACAGAGGAGGUGGAGCACUGGCAGAAGCACUGAAAGUAAACAACACCCUCACUCAUCUUUAUCUUGGAAGCAACCAAAUACCCGAGAGAGGAGGUGCAGCACUAGCAGAAGCGCUGAAAGUAAACAACACUCUCACUGAACUUGAUCUUAAAUGGAACCAAAUAUCCGAUAGAGGAGGUGAAGCAGUAGCGGAAGCACUGAGAGUAAACAACACCCUCACAAAACUUGAUCUUAGCUGGAACCAAAUAUCCGAUAGAGGAGGUGAAGCACUAGCAGAAGCACUGAAAGUAAACAACACUCUCACUCAACUUGAUCUUGAAAGAAACCAAAUAUCCGAUAGAGGAAGUGAAGUACUAGCAACAGCACUGAAACUAAACAACACCCUCGCUCAACUUAAUCUUAGCUGGAACCAAAUAUCCGAGAGAGGUGGUGAAGCACUAGCAGACGCACUGAAAGAUGCUCGACAAAAAAGUUUGAAAUGUAUAAUAUGUCGGAAAUGUGACAUGGGUUACUUUCCGCAGAGUGACAUAGAUCAAGCGAUACAUGAUAAAUUUCAUGAUCUACAAAUAUCUGUAUUAAAAAGCUUAUUUGAUGGUAUAGAUCUUGUUAUUGGUUAUUGUUUAGCACAAAUUAUUCAUCGAACUCAUAUUAUUUAUGAUGAUUGUGAUCAUUUAAAUACCGAGAAUGAAAUACAAAAAAUAUUUUGUGGGAUUGCACGAAUUCGGACAAAUAGACAAAAUCAAAAUGCUAUCAAACGUCUUAAUUGUGCUAGGUAUAUACGUUAA